AUGGAUGCCAGGAAAGCCCAUAAAGCCUCCUCUUCAUCCUCACCAUCCUCUUCAUCAAAACGUUGGGAGUACCAAGUGUUCUUGAGCUUCAGAGGUGAAGACACACGCAAGGGCUUCACAGGCCACCUCCACGCCGCAUUAUCUAAUGCCGGAAUCCGCUCCUUUCUUGACGACAACGAGCUAGAAAGAGCGGAAUUUAUAAAAACCCAACUGGAGCAGGCAAUCGACAAAUCCAUGAUCUCCAUAAUUGUCUUCUCCCAGCGUUAUGCCGAUUCCAGUUGGUGUCUUGACGAGCUGGUGAAGAUCAUGGAGUGUAGAGAACGAUUGGGGCAACAGGUAAUUCCAUUGUUCUAUAAUGUUGAGGCUUCAGAUGUCCGGAAACAGACUAGUAGUUUUGCAGAAGCUUUUGAGAAACAUGAAGCGGGCAAACAUGAGAAAGAAAAGGUACAGCGAUGGAGGAAUGCUCUCAGUCAAGCAGCAGAUUUGUGUGGGGAAGAUCUUAAAAAUGCUGACAAUGGGCAUGAAGCAAAGUUUAUCGAGAAAAUUCUUGGGGUGGUUAAUAAAUUGGUGAACAGAAAACACCAAUUAUACAUCGAACACCUUGUUGGAAUUACUUCUCGGAUGAAGGUUUUGAGUAAUCACUUGGAUAUCAAAAAUUCAGGUUCUAAGGAUGUUGUUCGCAUGCUUGGUAUUUUGGGGAUGGGCGGCAUUGGAAAAACAACGCUUGCCAAAGCCAUUUAUAACAAAUUUGUAGGUAGCUUUGAAGGUGGGAGUUUCCUUGCAAACGUGAGGGAAGUCCAACGCAGUAAUGGUCUGGUUGGUUUGCAAAAACAACUUCUGAAUGAUAUCUUGAAAAGCGAGGGCAUAAUGGUUGGUUCUGUUGAUGAAGGGAUCACUGUGAUACAAGAAAGACUUUGCUGUAAAAGAGCACUUGUCAUAAUUGACGAUGCAGAUGAUCUACAGCAACUAAAAGCAAUAGCUGGAGCUCGUGAUUGGUUUGGUCCUGGAAGUAGAAUUGUCAUUACAACAAGAAAUAAACAUUUGCUAGAGCAAGUUGGAGUGGAUAGCACAUAUAUGGCUGAAGAAAUGGAUAAGGAAGAAGCUCUAGAGCUCUUUAGUUGGCAUGCCUUCGGAAGUGGCUAUCCUAAUCAAGAAUAUCUUGACCUCUCAAAACGUGUAAUUUGUUACUGUCAAGGCUUGCCACUAGCACUUCGAGUUGUUGGAUCUUUUCUGAUUAAAAGAUCCAUAGCGGAGUGGGAAAGCCAUUUGGAGAAAUUGCAAAUAAGUCCUGAUGGAGAUAUUCAAAAAAUAUUCAAAAUAAGCUAUGACGGGCUACCUGAUCAUGCAACGAGAAAGAUAUUCCUUGAUAUAUCUUGUUUCUUUAUAGGAAUGGACAAGGACUAUGUAACACAAAUAUUAGACGGAUGUGGCUUCUUUGCAGUGAGAGGGAGUAGUGUCCUCAUUUUGAACGGUGCCUUGUAA